UGCUCUUCAUUUUGGUACCUAGAUUGGAGUCUAGGAUUGUGCGUGGUGGUCGGCCGGAGCCUGUUGAAGCUCCGGUGUUCUCCAGCGAAACUAGGCCUUUCAGGCCGUGUAGAAGCACCAGGCCCUUUGGGCCGUUUGUCAAACCCACGGGCCUUAAGCCCGUUUUGCUUAAGCCUUAGCCCAAUCCUUUUAAUUUUUGUUUUUAUUUAUUUGUUAGUUGUUUAGGACCAAAAGGCCUUCAGGCCAUUAGGUUUAGGGCCCGUAACCCAUUAGUCAAGCCCAAAAACCUUUUAAGGUUUUUAUUCAUUUUCUGAAUUAUAAAUAAGGCCUUGGGCCAAUUAUAAAGUGGGCUUUCAGCCCUUUUCCCAAAUCCCUUUAGCUUUAGUUAAAACCCAAAACCCCUAAGGCCCUUUCAGCCCAACCCAAUCCAAGCCCAAUCUGACUUUGACCUUGACCAGUUGACUCUGACUGUUGACUUGGUCAACGGUUAGAGUUGACUUUGACUUUGACCAGUCAACGGUCAACGUUGACUUUUGAGUUGACUUUUCGGUGUUUCGUUCAGGACAUCUCCUAGGCUAAUUUCGACGUCCUGGACCCGUUUUUGAAGUCCGUUUUCCCAAAUUCAAUCGUUUGAAUAUAGUUUGACUAAAGGUACUCCUUUAUGUGAAUAGGUGCAAUUAUUAACGGUGAUUCCGCUAUAUCUUUUUGGUACAGCUUUGCACCAUGAGUGUACGGACUUAGAAUCGAGACAUACAAUCCCGGCAUCCAGGCACUUCUGCAUUGGCAUCUUCGAGUCCUCUCGGAUAUGCAGCUACCACGAAGAACUCUUCAUGUUUAUAUCAUGUACGCAAGAGCCUCAAGGAUACUGAUAAUGUUAUGGUUUGAGAUCAGUUUUGAUAUUAAACAAAUGUUGGGGUUAAUAAGUCAACUUUUGGGGCAAAAUUGUAAUAGAACUUAUAAGUUGUUAGAUUGUUUUGCAUUUCACCAUCCGGCAUUCGCAAAGCAUAUAUGCUUUUGUAAUUCAGUUGCAAUGUGUGGUUGAAAUCAAUACAGAAAUUAAGAAUUGUGCUUCAUCUUAUCUUCUCCAAUUCCCUUUUCCCCAUUGUUGAUAGCUGCAAGGUUUGGUUGAGCAGGUCUGGAGGUUUGAUCACUAACAUUGGUAUCACCCUUCGAUCCUGGUCCCUCCGUGUAUGCCCUGUAAACCCGCUGCUACCCGCUCUGCUACCAUGGACGCUCGCCUCUCUUCUCUGGAAGCUUUUUUUCCAGAUCUUCAAUCUAUCAUCGCCGAUGUGGUGAAUACCUCUGUGCACUCCGCUUUGGAGUCUGAUCUUCCCGUUCAUCUCGAUCGACGCCUUCCGGUGUACUUUGAGCAGUUUCGCCAUGAGUUUUCUUUUCAGGGCAUCAGCGACAUUUCUAUGCCUCAACUCUUUCCACCUCUUCCACUUCCUCCUAAUUUGGAUUUACAUCCACCUCAUCGGCACCUCAAUUGGCCGGGUGGGGGGCAUCCUCAUAGAACUCAGUGGACACAGCGGGUGGAUUUUCCCCGUUUUUUCGACGAUGAUGACCCACUCGCCUGGAUCUACAGAGCGGAGCAGUUUUUCACAUUCUACAACAUUCUGGAGCACCAACGUGUGCUCACUGCAUCCUUUCAUCUGGAAGGGGAAGCAUUGCAGUGGUUUCAAUGGAUGGAUUGUCUCACAUCUACUCCGGAUUGGUUGGCCUUCACUAAGGUUUUUUGUAGGGAAUUUGGCCCAAAUGAGUUCAAGGAUAGUGCUGAGGCAUUAUUCAAAUUGAGGCAAACAGGUACCCUUCGCGAUUACGUUGUGGAAUUUCGUAGAUUAGCCAAUCGUACCACUGUAAUGGGGCCUAUUCUACUUAAGAGCUUUUUUUUGGGAUUAAAACGUGAAUUGAAGUUUGAUGUUAAGCUUUUGAAAUUGGCAACUGUACAUGAGGCUAUCGCUAUUGUUGGGCAAUUAGACUCUAAACUUACUAAGCUCAGAGCAACUGCACCUCGAACUUCUAUCCCUGUUAAACCUCAACCGCUACUUCUUCCUCCUUCUGCCCCUGCGGAUCCUCGAGCUGGUCCUGUGCCUGUUAAGAAAUUAACUCCUGCCGAGAUUCAAUUGAAGAGAAACAAAGGAGAAUGCUAGUUUUGUCCUGAUAAAUGGGUUCCGGGGCAUAAAUGUGGCCUAAAACAAUUACUCAUGUUGGAUGUUGUUGAUUCUGAUGCUCAUUGUGAAUUCACUGAUGUUGAUGAUGCUCCUUCUGAGUUAUUGGCAAUGUCCUUAAGUGAGUGUGCUUUUUAUGGAACCACUGCUAAACAGUCUGUUCAAACUAUGAAGGUUGAUGGUGUGGUUCUUGGACAAUCUGUCAAGAUUUUAUUGGACUCAGGGAGUACUCAUAAUUUCAUUGAUUCUCGGUUGCUUAAGAAAUGGGGUCACCAAGCACAAAGUACUCAAGCCUUUGAGGUUGAUCGUUGAUGGAGGAACAAUCUGGAGCUCGGGUUGUUGUAGGGACACUGCCCUUUGUUUAGGAGGGUACAAUUGUGUAGUUGACUUAUACUCUCUUCCUUUAGGUGGUUGUGACGUGGUGCUUGGGGUCCAGUGGUUGUUUUCUGUAAGUCCUGUUCUUUGGGACUUCCAACUAUUGACCAUGGAAUUUUCUGCUAAUGCUCAGCACUACAAACUGACUUACAGCCCAUAUACUGCCCCACUUAUUCAGGAAGUUUCAUUGCAACACUUGGAUAAAGAGUUUUCUAACUCUCAUUUGGGUCUCUUCCUCUAUUCUAUUAAGGGUCAGUUCUUGCACCAUUCUGCAUUAUCUCCUUAAUAAUCACACGAACUAAAUGAGUUACUUGGGGCCUUCGAAGCCAUCUUGGUGUUACCUUCUAAGCUCCCACCUUCUCGGGGUUAUGACCACCACAUUCCUUUGGUUCCAGGCGCCAAACCUUUAAAUUUGCGGCCAUAUCAUUAU